CUACCAUUCUACAGUUACCCACUUCCUUUUACUAAACUCGUGGAAGUGUAAAGCUGGUUGAAAACUUACACAGCAAUAUGACUGGUCAUCCAUUAACACAAGAUUCCGUUUGGAUGCAACAGAGAAAAUAUGAAGACGCGGAAUCGUUUUACCAAUCGGUUUUAGCCGGAACGGCGGGUAGCUCUCCAAACUUGCAGGGGAGUACUGGGUCCAGUUCUUUAGUCAAUGAAAUAGCACAAGCCAGGCAACAAAUACAAAAUGUUUUAAAAAAUACCGGAGGCAGUACGAUGGAUACUGGUAGAAUUGAAGCUUUAGAAAGAGAAAACAAAGAAUUAAGAAAAGCAACUGAUGAUUUACGGAAACUGACAAUUCAGUUAGAGAAAAGAAUCUGUGUGUUAGAGGGAGGGUCUGGUUCAGCCCCAGGUAAAUCUGCUCCUUCUAAACAAGCUGCAGCCCAAGCUGAUGAUGACGACGAUGAUGAUGAUUUUGAAUUAUUUGAUGAUGAUGAAGAUGAGGAUAAGGCAGCUGAGGAACUAAAAGCACAACGAAUUGCAGCUUACAAAGCCAAAAAAUCAGACAAACCAGUUCUAAUUGCUAAAUCUAAUGUUGUACUGGAUGUUAAACCAUGGGAUGAUGAAACAGAUAUGAAAAUUGUGGAAGAAAAAGUUCGAACAAUAGAGAUGCCUGGAUUAAGAUGGGGAGCAGCUAAACUAGCACCUGUAGGUUAUGGUAUAAUGAAACUACAGAUUAUGUGUGUGGUAGAGGAUGAUAAAGUCAGUAUAGAAGAGUUAACAGAUAAAAUACAGGAAUUUGAAGAUUUUGUUCAAAGUGUGGAUAUUGCUGCUUUCAACAAAAUCUAGUUCCAUCACCUUCCACGUUAAAUAAAAUAUUAAAAAAUAA